UAAGUUUCGUUUUCGCUAAGGGCGCAGCAGCAGUUGAGUGUUUUGUCAGUGAUCGCUGUUAACUCGGACGUGUCACAAUGGCGGAAAACAUGUCUCUACUGGGUCUUGAGGACGAGUUGACAUGUAGUAUCUGUUUAUGUCUAUUCGAGAACCCGGUGAGUUUAAUCUGUGGACACAGUUUCUGCGCCAACUGUCUCGAAGCGACUUGGAACGACAGGAUUUCAUCUCUGUCCUGCCCUCACUGCCGAAUGGCGUUUCCCAACAAACCUGAACUAAAGAAGAACACCGUCCUCAGCGCGGUGCUGGACGCCUAUAGAAUAAAAGCAGGUGUCUCUGAACCCGCCAAGGAACAUUUUGAGGUGAUAAAGAAAGAUCCAGAUGAGAUCAAAUGUGAUAACUGCAUGGAAGCCAAAGCCGUCAAAACUUGUCUGACGUGUAUGGCGUCUUAUUGUGAGGAUCAUGUCAGGCCUCACCGGGAGAAUGCCAUUUUUCGGGCACAUCAACUGUCUGAUCCGCUGCCAGAUCUGAUGGAGCGUCUCUGUUCGGAUCAUGGCAAACUGAUGGAGUUCUACUGCAAUCAGCACCAGAGUUGCAUUUGCAGUACCUGUCUGCAGGACAUGCAUAAAGGCUGCGAGUUUAUCACGGCAGAUGAGCGACGCUUCAAACAAAAGACUGACCUGACUGACAAGCUCAACGUCCUUGAUGUCAAAACUGACAAGAAUCAGCAGGUUAUCACACAGAUGAAGGAGCAACAAAUCAAAUUAAAGGACCAAGCUGCAACCCGCAAACGUAUUCUUGAGGCAGAAUACAGGCAGAUUAGAGAAAUGAUUGACCGAGAUGAGAAAGAAGCCAUGCUUACUAUCGAUAAGGAACAGGAGAAAGGUCAGAGCAAACUGGUCUCCUUGAUAAAGAAAUUUAAUGAGAACGUCGAGAAGAUGAGUAGGACCAAAUCUGAGAUCAACAUUCUGCUGGACCAGUCGCAGUCACUAGCAUUCUUAAAGGCCUCCGUGGAUUUGCCCGCUGUGGUAAAUUUUGAGCCCCAUAACCCUCGUAUGAAUGUGGAAAGUAAAGAGGUGAUAGCUUAUCAUUCCUCUGCAGUUGCACUGAAGGAGUGGAUCACCAAAUUAAUGGAGCAGCCAUUAGAAAAGAGAAUCUUUGUACUUAAACCAGGUCUAGGAAACCAAUUCCCAGUAAUCCCAAGUGAGAUUCCCGCCCUCCUGCCAAAUCCAAGAGAAAUGUGGAUGCAAAAGGCACCGAUUGCGAGGUAUGACCCUACAGCACAUUUGAGAUCUCCCAGUCCAAGCCGUGGUCCCAAACCCAAGGCUUCAGGAACUAAACAGAAAAAUUCCAGCAAGAAUGCUAAAGAUCAGAAGGAUUACAAAGAGCGCCAAGACCAGAAGCCAAACAGAUCUAGGAAUCCCUCUAAAGGAGCAAAUUCUGUGUUCUCCAAAAGCAUGGAAAACUUGCUUGACAUCACAGUUAAAACUGUAGACAUACCUGACAUAAAUUCACUUGCUAUUUCACCAGCUGGGCUAAACUGGACUAAACGAAGUGACCUUCUUAAAUAUGGCACUAUCCUCAAUUUUGAUGUCAGAACAGCUCACAAGCGGAUCUCGCUGUCUGAAAACAACACUAAAGCGACAGUCUCGGACGACGCAGCUCAUUAUCUAGAUAUUCCCCUUCGCUUUUCUGUCUGUUCCCAGGUGCUCUGCACCAAGGGUUUUUCUCAGGGCCGUCAUUAUUGGGAGAUAAAAAUGAGCAGUAACAACUUCUGCGGAUUGGGGCUUGCAUACGGAAGAAUUGACCGCAAGGGUCCCUCUAGCCGUCUGGGGCGUAAUGCAGACUCCUGGUGUGUGGAGUGGUUUAACGUGAAGCUUUCUGCAUGGCACAACAGCAUCGAGACGGUGUUGCAGAAUCCCAACCCAAGCCGUGUGGGCGUCUUGCUGGACUGUGAUCAGGGAAGUGCAACAUUCUAUACUGUGCAAGACCGGGCCUACCCUUUCCACACAUUUGUCUUUCCUUUCACUGAGGCUGUGUAUCCCGCUUUCUGGAUCUUCUCAAAUGGCUCUUCUGUCUCUUUGUGCAAGCUCAGCAAUUGAAAGCAUCUAAGUUGAACUGAUAUUCAUUUUAAUGAAUUGAUGUUUUGUUUAUCUUUGGGACACACAUUGAGAUAUUUUUAAUAUUAUGUCAUCUUCGUGUCCAUUCAGUGAGUCCACACAACCAGAUUGUUCAAGCUUCAUGAAAUCUUUGAAGGACUUUCAAUAGAUGGGCAAAAAUAAUUACGGUAUAUUAAAAAUAUCUUCAUUUUUGUUCCAAAGAUGAUCAAAAGUCGUUUGAAACGACAGGAGCAUGAGUAACAGAUGACCGAAUAUUCAUUUAUGGGGUUUAAUCAAGCCGUGUAAUUUAGGUGUGAUGUGCUAAUUUAGGUGUGUUGCGACUGUACAGAAUGCAUAAAGCAGUUUUAAUCUAUAAAUCUUCAGCAAUGUCUUUUAAUGUUGACCAAAAAAAAAAAAUACUGUUGGAUGGAUGAUAUCUAAAGGCUAAUGCAGUCCAACUGUCACUACAAAAUAAACCUCAACAAAGUGAAGGGUUUGUAUUGCAUUUGCAAUGAUGACUCUUAUCCUAUUGUAUGGCUACUUACCAAAUAAAAGUAAAUUAAAUAUUGAUUUAGUCUAAAAUUAUUUAAGUAAGAACAACAAGACUGCAGAGUGAUGCAAGAGACACUAGCUCAGCUAUGCUGAAAAUACUUAAGUUGAAAACAGGGCAAGACAACAGUCAGUUGAAUUGUUUAGUGGUCAUUAUUCAAAAAUAUUUGACUUAAUUGCUACAAUUGACAUCGUUGAUCCAGAAAAGGAACAUUUCAGUGUACGUAUAUGGUUUGCAAAUGUUGACACAUUAAAUCUUACUUUGUUCUGUGAAUUUUGUUAUUUUUGCAGAUUUUACUUGUGAGUUGUUUGAAGUGUUUAACUUCACAUGAUCACUUGACAUUUGUUGGUUUUAUCACAUGGGCAAAGUC